AUGUACCUCUACGUAAAUGGCCGCUACAUCGAGCCGCCUCCGAUACACGAGUCCAUCGUGCGACUCUGCACGGCCGCAAGUCUCCAGGCACAAGAAGGAGCCCACUGGCCAGGGCGACUCGGUCAGCAUCGUCGCAGCAGGAGGAGUUUGGCCGCUCUUCGUCCUGAACUUUCAGUGUUCAGCAACUGGAGGCAGCCGAUCCGCUUCAUUCAGAUGUUCCUCCGCAAGGGGACCAGCGAGCCCCCAAAAGCAUCGGAAAGCACCUGGAAGAGGACAAGGUGCUCCGAUGCGGCUAACAUCGUGCCGCUGCUCGCCCCGAGGAUAGCAGUUGCACGUGGGCCGGCUGCGCCGUGCCAGACGAUGUCACCUGAGGGCACGGCUCGCCCCCAAAUUAAGGACCUAAUCCCUCCGAUCGCUGCGAUCGAAGCUUUUGAGAAGGAAAUUCGGAUCUUUGCUGGCAACAACCACUCGACCCUGCCCCAGCCAUCCCCCACCCUGCGAAGGAGGCAGAGUAGUUAG